AAGACAAGGUAGCAGGGUCGCUCAAUCCAUUCAUUCAAUCAUUCAUUAACCCACCGACACAUUCAUUUCUUCCUUUUUACUUUCCCCAACCGCGUUCCUUCGUUCUUGCAGAAGCUCAUACGUCACGAAUACCCCGGAAAGAAAAAUGGCUCCUCUCAAGUCACUGCUCCUCGGUGCCCUUGCUACGCUGGCCGUAGCAAACCCAGUUCCUGCCCCUGCUCCGGAAGCUGGUCAGCUCCAAGCUCGUCAGUUCAUGGACUCUAAUGACCUCCAGCUUGGCUCCUGUAAGGACGUCACAUUGGUCUUUGCCCGUGGUUCCACGGAAAUGGGCAACAUGGGCUCAGUCAUUGGUCCUCCCCUCUGCAGUGCCCUGAAGGCCAAACUCGGCGCCGACAAAGUCGCCUGUCAGGGCGUCGGCGGCCAGUACACCGCCGGAUUGGUCCAGAAUGCCCUGCCCCAAAACACAGACCCGGGCUCCAUCUCCGCUGCGAAGAGCGUGUUCGAGCAGGCAGCUUCCAAGUGUCCGAACACGAAGAUUGUGGCUGGUGGAUACAGUCAAGGCAGUGCCGUCAUCGACAACGCGGUGCAGAAGGUCAGCUCCUCUAUCCGCGAUCAGAUCAAGGGAGUGGUGCUGUUCGGGUUCACGCGCAACGUCCAGGAUCACGGGCAGAUCCCCAACUACCCCAAGGAUAACGUUAAGGUGUACUGUGCGAUGGGAGAUCUGGUCUGCGAUGCCACGCUGAUUGUGACAGCCAUGCAUCUGACUUAUGGAUUGAAUGCGGGAGACGCUGCCAACUUCUUGGCGCAGAAGGUGAAUGCUUAG